UAAUUUGUCAUGAUCAUAAACUAGUUGUAUAUAUAUAUUAUUUCUUUUAAUUCAUUUUGAUUCCACCUCUUAUCCUAAAUUUAUUCAAUCAUUUUCUCUCUUCAUAGCAAAGAUCUCAAAGGAACACACCACCUUUUCUUUUUUCCUUUUGCUUUUUAACAACAUAAAUAUGGGGUUGAGGGACAUUGGGGCAACGCUGCCUCCAGGGUUUAGGUUCUAUCCCAGCGAUGAAGAAUUGGUCUGCCAUUAUCUCUACAAGAAGAUAGCCAACGAGGAUGUGUUGAAGGGUACUUUGGUGGAGAUUGAUUUGCAUACAUGCGAGCCAUGGCAGCUUCCCGAGGCGGCAAAGUUGAGCGCAAACGAGUGGUACUUCUUUAAUUUUCGAGACAGAAAGUACGCGACCGGGUUUCGUACGAACCGGGCAACCACAUCCGGUUACUGGAAAGCAACAGGGAAGGAUCGGACGGUGGUCGACCCGAGAACCCAAGAGAUUGUAGGGAUGAGAAAAACAUUGGUGUUUUACCGAAACCGUGCUCCGAACGGAAUUAAAUCAGAUUGGAUCAUGCAUGAGUUUCGGCUUGAGUCCCCACACAUGCCUCCUAAGGAGGACUGGGUUCUAUGUAGAGUGUUCCACAAGAGCAAAGGAGGAGAGAACAGCACCAGGCUGAGCUCCCAAAUGAUGUUGGAGCCCUCAAUUCAUGCCCCUUAUUUAAUCGACCAAACUACUAUGGCUUGUGGGUAUUUACCCAGUAAACCACCCCAUCAAGGCCAUGGCCAAAACUUGCUGAACCUGCUUCAAUAUAAUUCUCAUCACGAGAAAGACAACAACGACAACAACGAUAAUCGAUACAUCAAUGAAAUUAGCUCAAAAUUCGACGAUGAUUAUGAGUUCUUGUGGAAUAUGAACAUGGAUGAAAACAACUUGGGUGAUCAUCAUCAUGAGUUUAUUCAUGGGGUGGCUUCCAACGUGGACGAUGUGAGACUCGGGAUUGAUAAUAGUAUGAUUUUAUUAUGAAGUUUAUUGAAUACAAAA